CUGCUCUGGCGCGCCCAUGCUCGAGGUCUUACGGCUACAUUAUGUCUGCGGUGGCGGGGAGGACGAGGACGAGGACGACGAGGACAUGCCGGUAUUCUACACCUUUGCUGGAGACCUGUUCAGUGGCAACGCACCGAAGCUCGCGCGGAUCACGUUAUAGAGCGUCCACCUUCAUUGGGCCGCAUCCCUCCUCCUGAGCGGCCUCGUCGAGGUGGACUUUGCACAGCAGAGCAGCAUCUCUAGUCAAUCGUUCGAGGACUUUUCGCGCAUGCUGCGCGAAUCGCCGGGGCUCGAGUCAUUGUCACUGAAUCAAAUAGGGCCGGUCAGCAUCGAGUCCCAGACAUCCUGGCGGGGGGGAAACGACACUAUCCUCUGUCUGCCAUCUCUCCGACGGCUCACCAUCGAGACCAACGACCCUCCAGUGAACUUUUUCGAGUGCUUCGCAUUCCCUAAUCUCACUCGCCUUACACUCUGCAUAGUGUAUCAAGAGAGUCCCACUCACGGCGAAGAGGUCGUGCAAGACCUGUUGCGGCCGUCGCCCGCAACGGGCAGGUCCGUCCUGAGUGGCCUGCAGUCUCUCAGGAUUGCAGGCGUGUGUUGCAAUGACCGUGCAACGGUGGCAGGCGUGUACGCUACACUUACAAAUCUGCAGACGUUGAGCCUAGAUUUCGAGACCAGGGGAAUGGUGUUGUCGAGGGGGUGGUACGACGUCCUGACGACGCAAUGGGAGAGCAUUGCAAACGCGAACGAAGAACCGCUCCUGCCUCAGCUACAAGCAUUGAAAUUGAUCGGCUUAUCUGGGAAGGAUAUGCGCCACCUCAUCGAGGUACGGGCCGCUACUCGGAGACCGGUCAGACAGGUGUAUGUGUAUGAGGAGAAUGACCUUGCACAGGAGGACAAAUCAUGGAUCAAGCACAAUGUAGACACAUUCGAGUACUUCGAUAGCAUCAUGAUGUGGGCGGAGGAUCAUUUCACUUUUGUAAAUUAGUGACAGACUCAGAUAGGAAUGUCGAUGGGAGUGCAUGAUGAUGCAUGAUGAACGGUCAACAAAGCCCUGGACAAUGAUCUGUUGUAAUAGACUCGUUGGCGUGAUCAUCUUGCGACAGGCCACAGGAGGGAUACUGGGGAGGCCGCCGAUCCCCUACCGACUCCUAAGUACUUACAAAUGCAUCCUAUAAGUCGAGUCGGAUGAUCUUGAUCUAAGUUUCAAUCACACUGCUCACUGCAGUCUGUU